AUGAGUACGAUUUCUGAUAAACUUUCUGAAUUUUACUUCAAAAACACUUCAACAUUGAUAAUUCAAAAAGGUAUUCCGACGCAAUAUCAAUUUAAUUAUCGUCAAAUUUUAUUGUUAAUUAAUUUGAUCUACACAAUUCCUUCAUUUUAUAUUUAUUCAAAAUGUCGGAAAUUGCUCAAGGAAAAAUCAAAUAAUCAUUUCAACACUAUUUUCAGCAAUGAUUUUUAUAUUGUGAGUUUUGAGUUGUGCUCUUGGGGUUUUUGAAAUGUCCUAGAGCCGGAAUAACCGGAAGAGGCUUCAUCUCCAUGACUCAUAAGAGACCAAAGGUAACCAGCCGAAGUCAAAAUCUCUUUCCAGAAUGUUGCAUUAUUCAUAAUUGAUAUAAUUUCAACCCGUCUUCCAAUAUCAGGUUUAAUCAAUAAUUAUCCAUCAUAUUUCCCUGAAUAUUUCCCAAAAAUCCUAUUAUUUCUUUCUUAUUAUCUUAUUUAUGCCAAUUAUUUUUCAAGCACUUUAAUUUGUUUGCAUCGUAUGACAAGUGUGGCUUUUUAUCAAAAUAAUGUGAGUUUUUGCAAGAAAAAAAAGAAGCAAGUUAGGUUAAUUCAAUUUCCAGUUUUGGAAACGUCACACGAACUUGAGUAUAAUUCUGAUCUAUGUUUUGUCCCUAAUUCCAACUUGGCAUAUUUGGACAUAUGAUGUUUUUUAUUAUAUUUUGGCGGCUAAUGAUUCGAGAUAUCAGUUAAACUAUAAUCAAGUAUUUUUGAAGAGAUAUGUGAGUGAAAAGAAAAUAGACUUAGGCUUUUUCCAAACAGUGAAUAUUUCAGAUUCGAAAUAGUAGUGCACUUGCCACAAUUUCCCUAACUCUCGCAAUAAUUUGUAUGAUCGCCAAUACUAUCACAAUCCUAAAAUACCAUGCAAAAAUCUCAAGUUUCAAAAAGAAUCGUCGAGUUGAAUUAACGAUGUUAACAAUAGCAAUAAUUGCGUGUUUCUCUUUAAUUCUUCAGUGCGUUAUUCAGGUAAGAUUUAGCCUGAUGAUCAAAAAUGAAGAUAUUGCCCUCGUGAAUUAAUUUGUAGGCUUACGCCUGAAAAUACAAUGUUUCAGAUCGUUAUUCUGAUGUUCACAGAUAUCGAAACAAUUCGAGCAACAGCUCAAGAUUUGCGCACUUUUUGUUUAGAUUUAUCAAUUUGCGGACCUCCAUGGGUUUUGUAUUUUGGAUCAUUUUCAAGUCGAAAAACUGUUGUGAAUCAGAGUGUAAUUAGAAAUAAUUCGGAAAUGAUUACAAGAGUCACAAAAUAA